AUGACUUCUACAUCGAUCAGAAAGUUCGCCUUUCUUAUCGAUUGUCUCUCUGUCACCAAUGCUCGCCAUUUACAGCCUGAAUUCCUUCGAAACUUUCCACUGAACAGCGGAAUCUACUUGUUCUAUCAUGAAAGUAAAUCGAAGUCUUAUCAACGUCAUUUGGAACGUUUUGCAUCGAACAGUCAUCUUAUUCAUCUCAUCCCAACAUCGGAGGAUAGCAUUACUAUGAACGUAUCUUUCAAACUCGGCCAAAUUUAUGAUCAAUACGAUGAUUUUGUCAUCGUUGCGAAUUACGAUCCUGCUUAUGACGAUAUUUGCCAACGAUUGAUCAUACUGAAUACUCAAUUGAAAAAUCACGUUCAAUUUCGGCGUUUCAACGGUAUCAAUGAAUUUCUUCAAUUCCUCCGCCAGUUGAAAUCUUUCGAAAACGAAGAUCGAAAAGAACCUAUCACAAUUAAUUAUAACAAAACUCAACUCUUUCAUCGAUGUCCGUUCGAAACCAAUGAACAAUCCACGUAUUUGUAUCGUUUUGGUCAAUUACUUCAUCAUUUAGAUACUGAACAUCCCGAUGUUCAGUAUAACUACUGCACCGAAUGUCAAAACAUGAUCGAACACGCAGAUUUGUCUAAUCAGAAUUCAUUCGGUAAACAUUUAAAAGAUGAACACUAUGGAAAUGACAAAGGUUUUCAAUUAACAAUUUGGUCUGCGAACUAA